UCCAGGUCGCGCAGGGGCCGCCGGUCACCAUGGCAACCGGCGUUGAAACAAACCCCUGAAACUAUUGGCGCGGUGGGCGGAUGUCGGGCGGCGGCGCCGGGCUCAUGUCGUGCGUGCGCGAGGGCUCCCUGGAGCCGCCCUACCGACCGCCGCACAGCGAGCCGCACAACCAUGGCGAAGGGCGCACAGGCAGGUUCCUGCGCGGGCUGCGGCGCAUGUUCAAGCGGCGCGGAAGCGGCGCGCGCGCGGCCUCGCCCGACCCCAAGAGCAGCUCCACCAGCGAGCUGCUGGACGCAGACCGCCAUGCGAGGAGAAAAGAGGGAGUGUACGGCAGCGGGCUGUCGGUAUCGCACGACUCGGUGUUCACGGGCGAGCGCUCGGGCGACGAGUCGAGCGACGAGCGGCCGACGCCGGCGCACGGGCUCGGCCACGUCGCCACUUCACACCGGGUGAGUUCCCCUGGCCUAUCUGGAAGUCUUUAAAUAGACUUCGGACGCAGGUCGGCCAUAAUUAUGUUC